AUGGCAUCGAUCCCCUCUCUCCCCGCCAUUUUAUCUCCCGCCCUGAGCGGCCGCGACGCCAUUGCUGACGUUCUCUAUCGUCUCGUUCUGGGCCUGGAUACAAACGACUCGGAACUCUUCGACUCAGCCUUCACCCCCACCGCCACCUUUGCCAUCAACGACAAGGUCUCCGAGGGCCUACCAGCCAUUCACACUGACUGCUUCGAUGGGAUCACCAAGCUGGAUACCACACACUUCCUCACCAAUAUUCGCAUCACUAUUGACGACAGCGGCAAGAAGGCCGCCGCAACUUCCUCGGCGCUCGCUCAGCACUACCGGGGUGGGAAAGGACUCGAGCCCAACCAGCCGCGGCUCUUGGCGGGUAGUCUGUAUUAUGUGGACCUGGUGAAGGAUGAGACCAGCGAUCUGUGGAAGAUUCAUGACUUUAAGAUGCGGGUAUCCUGGGCGGAGGGUGACUGGGCCGUGAUGACUGGAAACUAA